AGUAGAUUUUUGAUUGAGUACUUAUUCGAAAGUGAUUACCAAAAAAAUGGAAACUGAAGACUUUCCUAAGCAAAUGCAAUCUUUUCCGAAGCCAGCUAGUUUUUUUGGUAUUAGGCAUCUUCAAUAUGUUUUAAUGUUUACUGGGGCCAUAGUAGUCUACGGAAUGCGGACUGUUCUGAUAGUGGCAAUUGUAGCUAUGAUAGAGACGUAUCCGGACUGGAAACCCCAAAAGAACAUAAUAUUAUCUUCAUUUUCAUGGGGUCAUGUUUGGUUUCAAAUAGGAUCAGGUCAACUAGCCAAGAACUAUGGACCCAAAUAUUUUCUUACAGCUGCCAUAGCAAUUUCUGCAACUUGUAUAUUAGUUAUUCCUUGGUUCUCGUCAGAGUUUGGAUAUAAAAGUAUAAUAGCUAUAAGAGCUUUAGAAGGAGCUUGUCAUGGAGUUUUAUUUCCUUCUGUUCAUAAUCUACUGAGUAAGUGGGCUCCGAUUUCGGAGAGAGCGCAGUGGGGAAGUUUUGUAUAUGCAGGUCAGGUUUUGGGAAAUUGCUUAGCGAUGCCAAUAACUGGUUUUAUUUCCGACUCAAAAGCAGGAUGGCCCGUGGCGUUUUAUUUUUAUGGAUUUUGUGGGUUACUAUGGACUUUCUUGUGGUUUAUUUUCGGAUCCAACAGUCCCGAUGUGGAUACUAGAAUCUCAGAAGCCGAGAAAAUGUGGCUUAAAUCUCAAACAAUUGAGAAAAAAGUUGAGAGACCUCCAACUCCUUGGAAAUCUAUUUUUACUUCUGUACCUUUUAUCGCUGUAAUAAUAACUCAUUGUGGACAAAAUUGGGGAUUUUGGACACUAUUAACAGAAAUUCCAAGUUUCAUGAAAUCAGUUAUGGGCUACAGCAUUGCUAAAGGCAGUAUAUUAUCGGCUCUUCCUUAUUUUAUAAUGUGGAUAAUGAAUCUUAUGAUGAGCCCAAUUGCCGAUUUUAUUAUAGCUAGAGGCUUUGUUACAUUAAUCACCAGUAGAAAAAUCUUUAAUUCCAUAGGAUUCUUCAUACCAGCACUGGCUUUGAUAUCAAUUUCGUUAAUCGAUAGUGAUAACAAAGUACUAAUAGAAACAAUUCUGAUUAUCACGGUAGCAUUCAAUGCGGGGCAUUAUUGCGGAUUCAAUAUCAAUCAUAUAGAUCUGUCGCCAGUGUUUGCAGGAACUCUUAUAGGUAUAACUAACACAAUUUCUGCAAUUUUUACCAUUAUGGCACCUCUAGCAGUUGAUGCUGUCAAAUCAAUAUCAGGAUAUGAAGAGACGGACAAAGAGCUAUGGAACAUCAUAUUUUGGAUAUCUGCAGGAUUUUACACUGCUGCUGGAUGCGUAUUUAUUUUCUUUGGUUCUGGUGAAAUACAACCUUGGAAUAAUGUUAAUACAGAUAAUAGCGUACCAUAAAUUUGAUGCAAAUAAAAAUUGAUAAAAGUUUUCAAGUCA